UUCUUGUCUUCAUAAGUUUUGCUCUUUUUUUAAAAAAACUUUGACUGCACUUGUUUUAUAUGAGUACUAGUAACUGAGCACUAGGAGACUCUGGAUGCCUAUUAUAGGCCUAAAUCUAUUAUUUAAAAUCAGUGUUUCAGUUAACUUUUAAUUGAAAGAAAACAUUGUCUAUAAUUUUGUUACAGUACUAUUUGGAAUAUAUUAGAUGUUUUAACAAUAAGAAAAAAAUGAUACUGCCAUUAUACUCCUUUCUUCUUUGUCAUAAUCAAAAUAAGUAUAGAACUUUGCAAAUUGAGGGAAAUUUGCAUUUUGUUCAACAUUUUAUAAUAUAACUGUAUAGGAAGUUUAAUUACAGUUUUCAACAUUAAUUAUGAUACAUUAUGAAACAUUAAAUUGAAAUAUUUAUACUUGCCUAAUUUUUGGUAGCAAAGACAGCUCAAAUUGUUAAUCAUUACAGCUUCUUGCUGUAAUAGCAUUUCUAAAUUAAGAGCUUAACUGAUCUAUCAAGUAGUAGUAACUUCUUUAGUCCUUAGGUCCAUCGCUAGGGUUAUAUAAUAUUUAUGGAAGCAUAGGUAAACAGGAAGCAUCAUUAGCAAAGCAGAAGAAUUAGGGUUAAUGGUAAACAUUAAAAAGAAGAAAAUAAGAGGAAGAAAUGGAAUUCAGAAAAAGGGGUAUACAUGAAGAGUGGUAGAAUAUUAUCACCCAGUGUCUCAUAGAUCCUUUCCUAUUUGUUGAAUAGGAAGCUCUUUCUAGUCUGUCUUAACUAGUUUCACAAUGAACUAUAGAAAUAUUUUAAAAGUUUUUUUAAAACAUAACUGAUGAUGAAUGCAAGUUGUGAAAAGUUCAGAUCUUCCUAAAUUAUAAAUUUAAAUGUCUACCAGAAUAGUAGUAAUAUUGGUAAAAUUACUAUUCAAUAUCAAAUUUUUCCUAUAUAUCAUCUUGCUUUACAUUCAAAGAUGACAUUCUGAGUUAGAAAAGACGAUCUGACUUCUGUGACCUUUUGCAGUUUAGCCAUUAACAAACCUCAAAACCUUUAAAUGCUCUACCAAUUAAAUUUGAAAUUGGCCUGAAAUCUUUGCUUAAAAUGAAUUAUCCUUAUUUUAUUCAGGAUUUUUGCCUGUUGCAACUGAUUUUCCUUUUCCACAGCUAUUCUACAUAAUGUUAUGUAAUGGUUUUUUUUUUUUUUUUUUUGGCAUCCUUAACACUUUUCUUCCACCUUCCCUGCUUGUAGUUUGUGCUUCUGCAGUUUGAGGUUUCCUUGGAAUCCACUCUCUGCAUCUGUUCAUAUGUAGAUUUAUUUGCCACGGUCCAGGACCUCACUGCAAGUGGUUCUGUUCCCUAGUUUGAUGAUGUUCACAGAAGCAGGUAAGUGACUUAGCUGGGGCCAGAUGUGAGCAAAGUCAGGUCUUAGAGUCAUACAGAGCCAUGCACUAGCAACUUCUGAUAGGUUCUGGUGCUUAAUAGCUCUAAGUGACAAGGAGCUAGGAAUGUGGAAUUAAAAAUUCUCUGGAUCAGCAUCCAUUACAGGAAGGAAUGAGAUAUUUGAGUUGAUUGUUUUCUAUUUUUUUUCUGUUCCUAGAAAUAGUGUGUUUUUAGUCGUUAAUAUAUUGCUCUUGCUUACAUUAAUAUCCCAGAAAGUUUUAUUCCUUUUUUUUUUUUUUUUUUUUUUUGCCACAUUCUGUGGGUCCAGCCCACAUCCCCUGCAGUGGCAGCUCAGAGUCUUAACCACUAGACCAUGAGGAAAGUCACUAUUCCUCUUUUAAAAUAAACAGGUGGAAUACCCUGAUGACAUCUCCUCAGAAAGUGCCUUGCUCUCUUUUCAGGGAAAUUGAAUUUUACAAAUUAAUUCUGGAUGUUUCUCCUACAACUGAUUUCCCUUUGUUUACCAUUGAAUGACUAUUUCUGUUCUUCUUUUCUGGGCAUUAUAUUUGUACUUAAGUUGUCAAGUUAAGUUAGAGCGGUGUUUGUUAUGCUAUAAAGGACUCUGGGCUUGGGAGAACCCAUCCUAGGUCUAGAUUGACAUCUUAGAACUGUAGGAGUUCCUGUUUCUCUGUGCUAAUGUGUAUCAAAUACUGACUUCUGAACUAACCCAGGGGCUUAUUCUUGAUGUUGUGGACUGGGAACAGAAAUGUUGCCUUAAUAAGAGAGGCCCAGGAAGCAGUAGGCUUCACCUUUCCUCAGCCUUCUUGGCCUUUGGUGAGCUUGGGAGUGUUGACAGAGUUCUGAGCCUUCUUGGCAGAGAAGGAAGGUCAGAAAGAGAGUAGUCCACGGGCAGGAGGCCAGGCCGUUGCUUGCCUCGUUAGGAAGAAUUCAGUGUUGUCUGUCUGGUUGGCAGGGCACACCUAAUCACAGAGACCCAGCAUUUCAGCAAUUUGCAAAUGAAAGUGAUAUGAAGGGACAGCUGCAAAUCAGCCACAACCUGGAUCUGAGGAGAUCAAGCAUUUACUUCACUUGGAAGAAAGAGAAGGAAGGAAGCUGAGGGCUUAGCGGGGUAUUAUUGGACAAGCCAUGGCUCCACGGUCCCGUCGACGAAGGCACAAGAAAUCCCCCUCAUCAGUGGCUCCUGUGGUUGAGACCCCACCUACAGGUGUGGCUCCUGUGCCUCUGAUCCUCACUAAACCUGGCCCUAGCAUUGAUAAACUUGGCUUCUCCUCCUUGGAGGAUAAUGUUCCUGGCCUAUCCCAGCUGAUCCUUCAAAAACUGAACAUGAAAAGCUACGAAGAAUACAAGUUGGUGCUAGACGGGGGUACUCCAGUGUCAGGCUUUGGAUAUCGAUCCCUUGAAGAAAUGUUCCAGAAGAUGGAGGACACAUUCCGAUUCUGUGCUUACUGUAAAGCACUCCCUAGUGGCCUUUCAGACUCCAAGGUCCUCCGGCAUUGCAAAAGGUGCAGAAAUGUCUAUUACUGUGGUCCAGAGUGCCAGAAGUCAGACUGGCCAACACACAGGAAGGUUUGUCAAGAACUGCGUCUUGUAGCUGUGGACCGUCUCAUGGAAUGGCUUCUGGUCACAGGUGAUUUUGUCCUACCCUCAGGACCUUGGUCAUGGCUGACUGAAGUUGUACAGGGUUGGGACACCUGGUUUUCUAUGCGACGUUUACAGCUAGAUGAUACAAUGGAUGCUGUGCUUGACAGUCAGGCCAUGACCACCCUGUGGGCCAGUGUAAGACGGCCAAGACCAGAUCCAGAUGUCCUGAAGGGCUCUUUGAAGCGGUUGCUGACAGAUGUCUUGUCUCGGCCCUUGACACUGGGCUUUGGGCUUCGGGCCUUGGGAAUAAAUGUUGGGAAGGUUGGGGGAAGCACAGUGCACGUGGUUGGUGCUUCUCAUGCAGAGACAUUCCUCACUCGCCCUGGGGACUAUGAUGAGCUUGGCUACAUGUUUCCUGGACACCAUGGCCUCCAUGUAAUCAUGGUGGGUGUAGAUGUGGCUGCUGGCUUUUCACAGAGCACCUCAGCUUCACUCCUGGAACCUGGCACAGUACAGCUUAGUGGCCAUAGGGGCCUCUAUCAUGACUUCUGGGAGGAGCAGAUAGAGACUGGGCAGAUAGCCCAUCCAGAUUUGGUGGUGGCAUUCCAUCCAGGUUUCCAUGCUUCCCCGGACUUGAUGGAGGCUUGGCUGCCCACCCUGUUGCUACUUCGUGAUUAUGAGAUCCCUACAAUGAUUACUGUUUACAGCCAUCAGGAGUUGGCAGCCUCGUUGCAGAUUUUGGUGGACCUGGAUACACACAUCACAGCCUAUGGAGCUAACCCUUUUGCGUCCCUUAAACCUGAACAGGUCUACUCCAACCCCAACAAGCAGCCAGUUUACUGCAGUGCCUACUAUAUCAUGCUUCUUGGAAGCUCCUGCCAGCUGGAUAAGAGGCAAUUGGAAGAGAAAGUAAAUGACAGGGUAUAAAUAGCUGAGCCAGAUCAUGACUGGAUGUCUAGAAAAUGGAGAGGCUGUGAUGAAAUACCUGCUGAUGCCAGAUUGUUGCCAACUUUCAAAUCUACUAUAUUGUAAACCUAAUUCACUUGUCUGGGUAGAUUCUAAGCUGAAUGGGAGCUCCUGUAUGAUGUGACUCAUUUCUAAGAGGUUAGUCACAUGUUGCUUCUAGAGACAAGAUUCUAGAUUUAGUGUAUUGCAAAAGGCCCUCAUAUCAGUCUUUGUAAACCAUAAAGUUCUUAACAGUUUCCUUCUUGAGAAAGUUAUACCUUUUGACUUGAACCAGAUGGCACCAAGGAGAAGAAUGGCACCUUACUCUUUUGAAAAAGAUUUUCUUCUUAUACAGCAGUUUGGGCUAAAAAAAUGCAGAUGUCUUAAUGACUUGAAGUGGUGGAAGAAUGAGCAAUUCAGAGAAGUGGUUGGGAGCAUGGGGGAGGUUGUGAGGAUUGGCAAACUGUUGUACUUCCUGGCUUUUUCAAGGUACAUUUCUCAUUUUCCUGUUUCUUUUGAGGACUUCUAACUUUAGAGCAACUUUUUGCCCUUGUGUUGUAUUUUAGAUAUCCCAGGGUAUAUCAGACUUUACUUGAAUAUACUGCAGUUUGUUAUCACUUGGUCUACACCACAAUAAAUUCAGUUUGGGGCUUCUUAAA